AUGGAUACAGCAAUCUCAAGGAAAAGGUUACAGGACGUCAAAAUCUGCGACCACCGCCGUACUCGCCCCAAACUCGGGACGCCUGCCUCCAACGAAUCCGCCGUCCCAGCUCGUUCGGCGUCGAGAGCUGCAAGCACAUCCGGUGCCUCAGAUAUCCGCGAUAUGGACUCCGAAGGUAGUAGUGAACUCUCCGAAUCGAGCGAGGAGCCAAGUUCAGAGAGCUCGAGCGACGCGGCAAGCGAAAGCACCAGUGACGAUGACGAUGACGAUUCCGGGUCGGAAACGGCGGAUGAGCGGAACGAGUCCGGACCUGUUAAUUUGCGCGCGAAUAGAGGGGAGAAACCUCACAUGAGGAUCAGCAAGGAUGAACUAGGACCAGACAUCCGCGACUUCCUCAAGGACUUCCUGCCACAAUUGAAAGCUGCGAAUGAGGAACUGGAGGCCGAGCGCCAGGCGGGUACACUGGAGAAUAGAAAAAUCGAGACAGAGGGAGAUGGCGAAGGAGAAUAUAUUGAGAUGAACCUGGGACUUGGUGUGCUGGAAGAAAAAGACCCCGACGCGGCCGCAGACUCGUCCGAAAGCGAUAGCGAAGAAGACUCGCAAACCGAGAAGGAUAUUAUGGGAAAGCUUUUGGGCAGAAAGGAGAAACCGAUUGGCGCACAUAUUGAAGAAGUGGAAGAUGAGGAGCAUGGGUGA